AUGUUUUUAAAUUUCAAUUCAUCACUCAUUAAUUAUAUCAAUUUUCAUAAUAAAGAUUCUUUCUAUUCCAAGUUAAAUAGACUAAAUAAUUUAUACUCAACUACUUUUGAUUAUACUAACAUUCAAACAACAAUACCAGAAAAUUUAUCAUUACUUUAUCAAAACCAAUCUCAAUUAUUUGUGUCAAGUUCUAAAAAAUAUUUAUUUCAAUCAAACAUAAGUUCUAAAAUGAAUGAAUUGUGUCUUAGCCACAAUAAAACAAAAAGAGAAGAAAACAUCAUUACUAUUAAUUUAUCUAAUUCAACUUUAACACUGACUGAAAACACUAUUAUUAAAAUAACUAAAGAAAAUUCAAAAAUCUUUGUUCGAACUAAGAACCAAAUUACUUUAACUUUUCAAAAAGUUUUAUGUUCUUCUUCUGUUUAUAUUCAUCCAAUUGAUUACUCUAAACCAACAAUUAUUGUUAAUGAUGCAGAAGAAUCAUGUUCUGAUAAGAUUUUUAUUUCGUCAUCUAUUCCUCUUAUUUUAUCACCAAUAUCAACACCAAAAGUAAAAACAAAUUGUGGCCUGUUAGCUAUAUCAUCAGCCUUAUUAAUAAAUUUAAUAUCAGAAGACCCUUAUGACUAUGAUCUAUUCUUCUCUUUUUCUGAACUUAAAAAGAAUACAUGUCCUCCAUUUAUUUGUGUUUCUUCUAAUGGAAUAUCUAUUUCUUCAGAUAAUAUUAAUAUUAAAUGUUCUAAUGCAAAUAAAUUUACUUCUGAUAGAUCUAGUGUUUAUGUUGAUAGAAUAGAUUCUCCUCUUUAUGGAGUCUUUCAUGAUGUUAUAGUUUCAAAGAAUGUUCAAACAAUUAGUUGGGUUGGUUUGAGUAUUGAUUCUAAUUCAUACGAUAUUUCAUACAUAACAAAUUUAAGAGUGGCACCAAAAACAUAUUUUUCUAUAAGAAAACUUAAUCUUCAUAUAACAAAAAUAUAUGGAACAGAACUGUCAUUAUCUCUUAUUGAAUCUACAGUCGAAUGUACAACACAUGCCUCAUUUCUUUUAUUAAAAUUAGAAGAUUUUUCUGAAUUUAAAUCUAAAGAUUUAGAUAUUCAGAAAAUAAUCUCUUCAUUUGGUACUCUUAUUAUUUCAGAAAGUCUUACUGUUGAAACAAUAGAAUACUCCCUAAAUUGGGAUAACCAAAAUAAUAACCCUAUGAUUAAAAUUUCUUCUUUAAUAUUGAAGAAUGAGUCUAUUGUUAAUUGGGUUGUAGUAGAUUCUAAUGUAGCAACAAAAGAAACAAUUCCAUUAUUAGUUGUUUCUAAUGGCAUUCAAUACCAACAACCAACAUUUAGUUUUAUUCAUUGUGAUCAAAAGGUAUUAUUUACUUCUGGAACAAACCAAAUAAAUGGUAUAAAGUGUAUACUCUUUGGAAUAUAUAAGACAUGUGUUUUAAUUAAAGAAAAUGCAAAUUUGUUAUCUUCUUAUGAUAUGUUACAAAGUAGUGCCUCAACUUGUCCUUGUACUUCUGAUAGUCUUGAAGGAUGUACUAUUAUUAUCAAAACAAGUUCUGUUUAUGGAAGUAUUAAUACAAAUAACUUGGAAACAAACAUUACAACAUCAUUCAAUUUAAAGUCGUUAUGGAUAGAUGACACUCUGUUUGUCUUUCAGAAUAUAUCAAUUCAAUGUAAGUCAACCUAUAUUAAAUCUAUUCAAAUUCCAGAAAAUAGAUGUAUCUCAUUUUUUUCUAAUUGUCAAAUCGGAAGUAUUUCAGGGAAUGGAGAGUUUGUAAGUUCACAAAACGUUAUUGUAGAUACUGUUUAUCAAACAAGAAUGACAGUAAAUAAUAUAAACAUCAAUAAACUUUUCUCUCCUUCAUUUGUUCUUUUAAAUAAUACAAAAAUUGAACUCCUAAAUGGUAGCUCCUUCUCAAUGAAACAAGGUAUUCUAGAAUAUAUUCAUCAAUUAGAACCACCAAUUAAUUAUCAUUCAAGAGAGUCAUUCACAAUGUAUUUAACCAAAUUCAUUAAUUUUCCAAUGAACACAUGCUUUGAACUUGCAGAAUUUAAAACAUUACCUCAAACAAUUAUGAUUAGUUCAUUUUCUCCAAACACCUUUGACUUAGAAAUCGCAUGUAAAAAUAAGGUCAUUGUUUGCAAUAGUCCAAUGACUCUCUUUAAUUGUGGAAUUCAAAGAUGUGUUGUUACUCAUCCUGAUGAGCCUUUGGAUUCUAGUAAAGCAUAUGAUACUUUAAAUUGUCCAUGUGGUUUCACAGAAGUGAAAACAAAAUAUAGUCAUGAGCUAUGUUCUUUAGUUGCAAAAGAUAUGCAAGUCUUAGAAAAUAUGAGAGGAAAUUUUCAUUCAAUUGAAGUAAGUGAUAACACUGUUUUCAUGUUAGAUGGUCAAUUAUCAAUUUCAGAGUACUAUCCUGUGUCUAACCAAACAUUUAAUAGUAAUAAUAAUUAUGUAACAUUAUAUAUUCAUAUAAUUGGAAAUCAAAUGUUUUCUAUAAACUUGAAUGUAGAAGCUACUAUAUUUCUUAAUGCAAAACAGUCAAAAUUUUUUAUUACAAAAAAUAUUAUAUUUGAUACAAUUCUAACAGACAGUAUCUACAUAACAUCUUCAGCAAUGUUAACACUCCCUAGUAAUGUUCCAAGUAAUUUUAUGAUUAAUAUUACUAGUCAACAUAUCAAUAUUCCAAAUGGUAUUGAAUGUUUGUCAAUGAUAAUUUAUUCCAACUUCUUUGAAAGUCCAUUAUUUAUCAUUGGAAAUGAUAAACCAUUUAAAAUGGAGUCUUUUGAAUUUGAUGGAAUGGCAAAAGGUGUAAUUGUCGAAACUUCUCAAAAGAGCCUUGUAAAAGUUGAUACAUUAAAAAAUAUUUAUAUUGAUGAUGAACAAAGAUAUCUUACAACCGAAGAAAUACCAAAAACACGAGUUGUAUGCAAAUAUGAUAAUGGAUGGAAAAAUGAUAAUUGUCCUUGCAAAGGGAUUUAUUGUGACGUUAUCAUUUAUUCAUCAAUAAUAAAUGAACCACUAAUUAACAUAUCCAGAUUAAUUAUUGAAACAAAUUGUAUCUUUCAAAAGACAGUAAUUGCUCAUUAUGUUGAGUUAAAUGCUAAUGCAACAUUUACUGAUUGUAUAAUAACAAAUCUUAAUGUUUUUAAUAAAGACUUAAUAAUAUUAAGACUUAAAUCUUUUGUUAUUGAAAAAAUUACCAGAAAAGAAACUAUCCCUCUUAUUAUUAAUUCAACAAAAGAAGGGAAUAUUAUUUUUCUUGAAGCCCCAUUACUUUAUCUUAUCACUAAUGAACCAAUGAAAUUUAAACAUAUAAUAUCAUCCAAUCUAAUCAUGUACCAACAAACUAAUAAAAUGAUUAUGAAAGGAGUUAACUCUAUUAUAGAAUCAGAUAAUGUUGUUAUUUUCGUUUCAUCAAUACUACAUAAUUUUAUCCUUAAGUCAUCAAUUAUUCCACCUCUUGAUGUGAUAUCUGUUUAUAGCAGAGAAAAUAAUACUAUUAAAAAGUUGACAUUUGGAUAUGUUUCUGUAUUAUGUUUUGAUUAUUUGUAUAUUUCAAACUCUACAAAACUACCAGUAUGUCCAACGGAUCACCUUACAAAUGAAGAUGAACUAACAAAUCAAAAACAAUUAUGGUACUUAAUGUUAAUACCUAUAUUUUGUAUACUUAUUUUAUUUAUGAUAAGUAUACUUGUGUGUGUGUAUAAGAUAUAUCAAAGAAGAGUACAACGUCGUCUUCGACUUUUUUAA